AACACGAAGUUCAACUACAUUUGAAGAAUAAGAUAGUGACUAAACUUCUCUUUCCAAAUUCACAUUGUUUCUUCAUCCUUUAAUUCAAUUUGAGUUUCAACUUUGAAGACAAUCAUGACCGAUAUUGAAGGAGGAGAUUAUGACAGCACAAACACCAUGGAAGAUGAACUAGAGGACAAGCUUCGUGGGUGGACAAUAGGAGGAAAUUGGGAUGAAGUUGAGAAGCUAUACGAAUCAAAUGUAAAAUUCAGCACAAUAAGCAUAAACAAAAGCAGAGGAACAGCACUCCACGUGGCAGUAAACGACGACAACAUAAAUGUCGUUAGAAGUCUUGUUGGUUCAAUAUUACUUCACAGAAACGCGGUAGCACUUGAAAAGAAGAACGAUAAAGGGGACACACCUUUGCACCUUGCGGCAUCAAGAGGGUUUAAAGAAAUUUGUGAGUGUAUAAUUGGAAAAAAUGGUGAAAGGAAGGAUUUAAUCUACAUUGAUAAUAAUAAUGGAGAGACACCUUUAUUUCUUGCUUCACUUUCUUGGGAAAAACAAACAUUUUUGUAUUUGUUCUCUUUUGAGCGAGUUUAUAAGAUUGACAAUGAUGGUCAAAAGUAUUACUCUUAUUCUAAAGAUCUUAUUAGGAGCAAUGGAGAUAGUAUCCUUCACUGUGCCAUUCGAAGAGAAUUUUUCGAUUUGGCUCUUAUAAUAAUACAUAAAUACCCUGGACUUGGUGCAAUUCCAAACAAAUAUGAUUUCACUCCUCUCAAACUUCUUGCUACAAGGUCCUCAGCAUUCAAAAGCGGAUGCAAGAUGAUAUGGUGGAAGAAGAUUCUAUACCACUGUAUACCAGUGGGAAACCUAAACGUGGAAGAAGCUCUCAAAUAUUAUAGUAUGAAACAAGAUCAAUCAAACUCAAGCACUUCAUGUCCAAAGAACUACAAAACAUGUUGUCUUUUUCUUCGUAAAUGUCAAGAAUAUGCUUAUCCACUUUUAUGCUUCUUUAGACGACUGUUGGUGAUCGUAAAAUUACCAAUUAAUGUUUCCACUACAAAUGCUUCUGAAAAUAAGGUAGAAAAACACAAAGUGUUGCAAGGUCAUCAACAUAUCAAUAUAUCAAUGCCAUCUGAUCGCGAGAUUCUUCCAAAAAACUAUGCUACAUGUCUUUGGUUCCUGAAGUUUGCAUACAUCUAUAUCCUUGGCCUUUCUGGGGUAGGGGUUGAAGAAGUUAGGAAAAUGAAACAAAAACAUAAAUGGUGUAGACAACUAUUGAACUUAUUUAUGGAGAAUCCUUAUGACUCUUACUUGGGAGCUGGCGCUAAACCACCCCGAAAUGUGAGUGGAACUGAUUUCAUAACUUUUUUCAACCCAAAUCAAGGAAAGAAUCAUAGUGAGAAAACAAAGAUUUCUGAAACAUUGAAAAGGGAAACAGCAAUAUUGACUGCAGCAAGAAAUGGCAUAGUUGAAAUAGUGACCGAGCUUAUAACAAAAAUACCAAGUUCCAUCUACGAAGUUAACUUGGAAAAUAAAAAUAUAUUAUUAUUGGCAGUUGAGAACAGAAGGACCAUUGUUGUUGAGUCAUUAAGGAAACAGUUAGAAGAGUGCAAUAAAAAGGCAAUAUUUGAUAACCUAAUCCAAGGGGUGGAUAAUAAAGACAACACAGUAUUACAUUUGGCAGCUACACGAAGUGAUCGAGAUUGGCACAUAUCUGGAGCUGCCUUGCAAAUGAUGUGGCAUAUCAAAUGGUUUCAGUAUACUAAAGGACUAGUCCCAGAGCAUUUCAUAGUUAGAACCAACAAAAUGGACAAAACAGCAGGAGAAAUAUUCAAGAAAUCACAUACACCUCUGGUAAAAAAUGGUAGUGCAUGGCUAAAGGACACAUCAGAAUCUUGCUCUGUAGUUGCAGCACUCCUUGCAGGUGUUUCCUUUGCUACAUCAAGCACUGUACCAGGUGGCAACAAAAGUGACACAGGUGAACCUGCACUGGAAGGAAAGCCUGCAUUUGAUGCAUUUGCUUUGUCAUCAGUAAUUGGUCUUUGCUUCUCUGUCACUGCACUCAUAAUGUUUCUUUCGAUACUCACUUCUCGAAAAGAAGCCAAAGAUUUCAGAAUUGAUUUGCCAAGGAAACUUCUUUUGGGAUUGAGUUCUCUUUUCUUGUCCAUCGUUGCAAUGUUCGCUGCUUUCUGCUCUGGCCAUUUCUUUUUGAUUGACCAAAAAUACAAGCACAUUGUGUUCCUUAUUUAUACAGUCACUUGUUUCCCAGUGACUUUGUAUGCAGUAGCACAACUUCCGCUCUACAUCGAUCUGCUCAGAGGUAUUGUAACCAAAAUUCCAAAGACAAGUGAUAAGGGUGAAGACUUAUAAAGGUGUAUGAUGAAUUGAAAAUGUGUUUAGUUUAUACAAAUAAUAACUAGAGUGACUUGAGUACUACUACCUAUGCUUGUAGCAGUUUAUAUAUUUCUGUCUGAUGUUGGAUUAUGCUUAUUUAAGUAAGAUUCUCAUAUCAUGUGCUCCGUCAAUGCAUAAAGUUGAUAGAUUAUUUAGACAUUUA